ACCCUACAGCAACUCCACAGCGUAAAUCUGCGUUGUUGUAGAUACAUCAUGAAUAUGGCGCGCCCAAGCAAAGCUGGCCGUUACGGUUUUCUUUCCCGCACCCUGGAACUCGAGGCAUCAGAAUAAUGUACAGUAGCUGUCUGUCCAAUGUCUGUCAAUGGGGUACGUGGCACGCGACCCCUCCAUAUCGAAUUACCUUACUCCGAUAACUCCACUGCACUCAUUUUAUCGAUCGCCCACCACCGUGCGUGUUUGAUUGUUGCGAGGUUUGCAGGCGAAGAGGCUUGGAUCCUUCCUCAGCUACGAUGAGUUCAACGUCCUCAGUUUCGUCGAUCGACAGGACGCCUCCAUCAGAUAUCGAGCUUAUAUUUCUGGGAACAGGAAGCUCGUCAUCUGUACCUCAUCUUGACUGCUUAACGGCGCCUUCAGAUAGAAAACCUUGCAAGACGUGUCUCUCCACUCUGACCCAAGAGGGGAAAAAAAACAUUCGCCGGAAUACCUCUGUUGUGGUUCGCUUUACUGGCAAAGAUCAGAAGAAAGUGACAGUCGUCAUUGAUGUAGGCAAGACCUUCCAAGCAGCAGCUAUGGAAUGGUUCCCGAAGUACGGCCUUCGGGAGAUUGAUGCCGUACUUAUAACUCACGCUCACGCAGACGCCAUGAAUGGACUAGAUGAUUUGCGAGGAUGGACACUUGGGGCCGCUAUUCAACAACACAUCGAUGUGUAUGUCUCCGGUAACACUUUCCGCGAAGUAGAGAGGGCUUUCCCCUAUCUGGUUUCAAAAGAAUUUGCUUCGGGAGGUGGUGAUGUUCCAGAAUUUAAAUGGCACAUUAUAGAAGAUAAAGUGCGUUUCGAAAUCAAGGAUACUGGGGUUUGGAUCACCCCGUUUCUAGUGCAACAUGGUAGACUAUUCACCAGCCCGGCGACAUUUGCCGCACCUUCCCCAUGUACGACUCAGCCCACAACUCCAAUCGUUUCAGGACGAUCCUCGCCGAGAGUGGGCGAAACUUCGCUGCCGAAGGUCCAACCCUUUUGGUGUUUCGGCUUCGUAAUUCAGAAUGCAAUUGUCUACAUGUCCGACGUGUCACGUAUACCACAAGAUGCAUGGGAACUCAUUGAAUCUGGGCAGAGGAAAUCGGUGUUGGUGAUUGAUUGUCUGAGACUCCGUCCACACACGUCGCACAUGGGGAUUCGGGACGCGGCUGCAGCGAUUAAAAGACUGGCUGCGGAGAGAAGCUAUCUGAUAGGUUUUAGCCAUGAUCUCCACCACGAGGAGUGGGUGACCGUCACCGAGGCUGCUGGGAAUGAUGCAAUCGGCUUGUCAGGCAAGAGCCGGCCGGUCCGUGAGGGAGUUGCAAUGAUCUUGGAGGAGAAGGUAAGCGGAUGUUGGGUACGACCAACUCAUGAUGGACUCAGAGUGUUGGUGUCGAGCGAUGGAUCCAUACGAGACGAGACGUAUGAUUAGACCGCCAUACCUUCCUACUUUCCACUUUCCCAAUUAAUAAGUUGUCAUUAGUAAACAAGUACGUGACGUCGGCUGCACGUGACGCU